AUGGACUCGGUAUAUAGUGAGUCUCUGAAUGACGGACCAGAAAACUUUUCCGCUUCUAACAAUACUGCGUCUUCUCUUCGUGGGCUAAUUAUAGCUGCCUGGUGUUUUGAACAUGUUUCGAGCAUCCGUUUUGCGAGUCUGCGGACGCACUACUCGCCGCAUUUGCUCAACUGGAUCUACUUGGCGAUCGCCGACCACGAUGUCUCGGAUCAGAGCAAGCUGGUGCCCACGAUUUGGAACGGGUUCCCAAGGUCCUAUCUGCAGCGACCGAUCGGACCUGUGUCGAGCAACUUCGACGACGAAAUCACCGAUCGCUUCGCCGAUCUGAACCUGUUGGACGCGAAACCGACGAAGAGACCACCGCCCACUUAUUUAUGCCACCUCUGCUUCAAUAAGGGUCACUACAUCAAAAAUUGCCCGCAGGCACGACCGAAGGGCGAGGGUCUGACGCCAUACCAAGGGAAAAAACGAUGCUUCGGAGAGUACAAGUGUCCCAAGUGUAAACGCAAAUGGAUGUCGGGCAACAGCUGGGCCAAUAUGGGCCAAGAAUGUAUCAAAUGUCGCGUGAACGUCUAUCCUCAUAAACAGAGGCCGUUGGAAAAGCCGGACGGGUUGGACGUGUCGGAUCAGAGCAAGGUGCAUCCGCAGCACCUGUGUCAGAAAUGCAAGACUCUAGGUUACUACUGUCGGAGAGACCAAUAAUAUUCGACUGUGUAUAAUUUCUUUAUGACAAGAACGAAUGGUAAGUGAAUGGACUCGGUAUAUAGUGAGUCUCUGAAUGACGGACCAGAAAACUUUUCCGCUUCUAACAAUACUGCGU